CUACUUAUCUUUUUAUACCUUUCUUUCUCUUUUAUAUAUAUAUAUAUAUAUUACAUACCUCCAUUCAUUUCUCUACCAUGAAGUACGUUGCAAUAUGCAAAGCACUUUAUGAAUAUAAAGCACAAAACCACCAGGAACUUUCUUUCAAUACAGACGACAUUUUGUAUAUCCUCGAAAACAGUGAUCCCGAUUGGUAUAAAGCACAACUUAAGACACCUCCCGAACAAGACGUAGGUCCAAUAGGUCUUGUUCCUUCCAAUUAUAUAGAAAAAAUUCAUUCUAUUGGUACAGUAAAAGCACUCUAUGAUUAUAACGCACAAUCCGUUGAAGAAGUAUCAUUCAAAGAAAAUGAGACUCUUUCACUCUAUGAGAAAGAUGAUCCUGAUUGGUAUGUUGUGGAAAAGGAAAAUGGCGAUAUUGGCCUGGCUCCCAGCAAUUACAUUCAAGAACAAUCAGUGCCAACAACAACAACAACAGCAGUAACAGCAGUAACAGCAACGAAGGCACCAACAUGUGAUCCAAAAUGGGCCAUUGCUCUAUUUGACUUCAAAGCCGAAAGCAAGGAGGAAACAAACCUUGUAGAAAAUGAACAAGUCUUAAUUACAGACUAUGUUAAUAGUACAGAUUGGUGGACAAUUCAGCAUAAAGACGGUUCAUCAGGCAUUGUUCCUGCUACCUAUGUCAAAUUUCAACAAGACAACAGUGAUAAACGCGUUCAAGAAGCCGAAAGGAAAAGACUAGAAGAACAGAAGCGACAAGAGCUAGAAAUAAAGCGCAAACAAGAUUAUGAAAUACGUGACAGAGAAAGACAAAGGGAAUUACAAGAAAUCAACAGACAACGAGAAUUGGAACAGAAAGAGCGUGAACGACAAGCUGAAAUGGAUCGUAGACGAAAGCUGCAAGAAGAAGCGAAACAGAAAGAGAUUGAAGCUAAAAGACAAGCUGCUGCUUCUACUAAUUCACCUCAAUUAGGUUCACCUCGACGCAGCCAAAUCCCAGCACCACCACCACCAUCAACUCAUACUGAUCCCACCAAGCCAGAUCCUGCUAAAGUACGACUAUGGACUGACAGAACAGGAGCUUUUAAAGUGGAGGCUCAAUUGUUACUUUGCGCCAAUGGAAAGAUUAGACUGUUUAAAACUAAUGGUGUCAAGAUUGAUGUACCUACCGAAAAGAUGUGUAUUGAAGACUUGCGCUAUAUUGAACAAGAAACAGGAUUGAAACUGACAGAUGAUAACAUUCCUUUGGCUCAACUGACUCGAUUCAAUUGGUUUGAUUAUUUCAAGCGUGCAAAUUUACCUCAUAAAGCAUGCCUUGAAUAUGCUCCUGUAUUUGAAGCUAACAAACUGACGGAAAACGAUGUGGAACGACUGACACAUCGUCAGAUGAAGAUGCUCGGUAUGUCCGAGCGCCAUGUGCAGCGCAUUCAGCGGUUUGUAGAAACCAACAGAGCAGAACCACCUUCAGAUGAUGAAAGCGGGGUAGUUAAGCCAAAGCCAAAAAUAAAAAAGACGGUGACAUUUGGCACUGUUAGUUACAUUGAUGAUCUUGGCUAUGACGAUGAUGACGACGAGCAUGACAGGCAAUGGCAAAUUGAACAAGAUGAAAGACUUGCUAGACAACUGCAAAAUCAAGAAGAAAAAAGUAACCAUGUUACUUUACAUAGACGUGGAACAGGCAGACCUACACCUUCACAUAAUGCACCUCGAGGUGUCGAUUCUACAGUGCUUACGCCACAAAUCUUUGAACCUUUAAAACCUGCUCCUGUUCCUCUUCAAUCACAACAGUCUACAAGAGAGAUAGAGACAAUCAAGCCAGUCACUGUUCCUGCAGUUCCAACAAAGCAAGCAUUAUCCACAUCUGGUUUUGAUGAUGAUGCUUGGGUUCCUAGAACUUCACCUUCUAUGGCAUCUAACCGUCUGCAAAGUGCUUCUGCUGUUCCUCAGAAAACUUCUCCAUCGUCACAGAAAAGUCUAGUAGACCCACAAUUAUUAGCUAAAUGGAGUGGUAGCCCUGCCUUGGCUUCAGCUAAUGCACGUCCAGUUCCCCCUCCACCUACCAUGCUCAAUAGAAACCAGAUUCCUUUGAAUCAAUCCAUGCCAAACCUUCAUCAGAACCCAGGUAGUAUUCUGCAUCAACAAAACAGUAGCAUGACAUCCUUGCCUUCUAACCUUCAACAAAACAACAGUACAGCAUCUUUACCCAACAACCAUUUUGUACACAGUAACAGCAUGAGCAUUCUGCCUGUUCAACAUGCCUCCUCGUUUUCUGGUUAUCAACAGCAGAUUGAAAAUGCUAACUUUUCUCCUGCUCCACAACAUCAACAAAGCAUGAUAAAUUUGAAUGGACCCUCAAACAAUUCGUUUAUGCAAUCAGCUUCAAUGCCAUCGCAAUUAGCUAUGUCAACUUCUUUACCACCUCCUAUUACACCACAACAUCUGCAGCCUCAAAUGACAGGCGCUAGUAGAAAUUGGGCUAACGCUACACCUGAUAAUCCUUUUGGUGGUAGAGGUGGUGGUGGUGGUGGAAGUUCGCCCAUGUUACAGCAACAACAAAUGGCGCCUAGCCCAAGCAUUCAAUUUCAACAACAAACAGUACCUAGCCCUAAUGUUCCAUUCCAGCCACAACCACAACCACAACAACUAUUCAGUGUGCAACCACAAAGUACAGGUUUUGUAGGUCAAUCUUUCAAUCAAAUGAAUUCUAUUCUAGAUGCCAAUGAUAAAUAUGCCGUAUUUAAAACCAUUGAUACCUCUGCUCCUAGUGUAUUUAAUAAUAACAACCAGCAACAGCAGCAACAACAACAACAACGCUAUUACUAUUAAACUAGUUUUCAUGUGCAU